CAGCAGAGAGUUUGUGGAGGAAGCGCGACGUGACAAAUCAACAUUUCGCUGGAUUCAGGAGCAGGUGCAGUAGAUUCAACCUGAGAAAGAGGCACACCUGCUUGAAAGAAGGGUCGACAAAGAGCAGCUCGAAGGGCAAAAUCAAGAAGAUAUUUGCUGAAAAAUCAAAGGGGGAAAGAGACACAAGGGAAACUGAGAAAGAGAAAAUUCAAUAAAGAGGAACUGAGAGGAGGGAAAGGACAAAUAGGAUUUUUUAUCAACGCAGGAGACGUCUGUCUGGGUGUAAAAUGGUGUCUUUUGGACUUGAAGUGGUCGGUGUCACUCUGUCAGUGCUCGGCUUGGUCCUGAGUGUGAUCAGCUGUGCUCUGCCAAUGUGGAGGGUCUCUGCCUUCAUUGGUGCCAACAUCGUCACAGCUCAGGUGUACUGGGAGGGCCUGUGGAUGAGCUGUGUGUUCCAGAGCACGGGGCAGAUGCAGUGCAAGGUCUACGACUCCAUGCUGGCCUUACCUCAGGACCUGCAGGCAGCCAGGGCGCUCACCAUCGUCUCCAUCAUCGUGAGCGUGGUGGCUCUCCUCAUCUCCAUGGUGGGAGCAAAGUGCACCAACUGCAUCGAGGACGAGGCCGUCAAAGCCAGGGUGAUGGCCUCCUCUGGAGGGGCGUUCAUCGUGGCGGCUCUGGCCCAGCUUGUACCUGUUUCCUGGUCAGCACACACCAUCGUCAUUGAGUUCUACAGUCCACUCAUCCCCUCUGGACAGAAGAUGGAGAUCGGGGCAGCUCUCAUGUCGAUGGGCAUGGAGAUUGUGGGCAUUGCCCUUGGAGUCAUAGGAUUUAUCCUAGCAAUAGUGACAUGUGCCCUGCCAAUGUGGAGGGUGUCGGCCUUCGUCGGAGCCAACAUCAUCACUGCUCAGACCAUCUGGGAGGGUUUGUGGAUGAACUGUGUCACCCAGAGCACGGGCCAGAUGCAGUGCAAGGUCUACGACUCGCUGCUGGCCUUGCCUCAGGAGCUGCAGGCUUCCAGAGCCAUGACCAUCAUCUCCAUCAUCCUUGGGAUCCUUGGGGUCAUGAUCUCCAUCGUCGGCGCCAAGUGUACAAACUGCAUCGAAGACGAAGCGUCCAAGGCCAAAGUGAUGAUCAUCUCUGGGAUCUUCUUCAUCCUCGCCGGCCUUUUGGUCCUCAUCCCCGUGUCCUGGACCGCCAGCGUCAUCAUCAGGGAUUUCUACAGCCCUCUCCUGAUCAGCUCACAGAGGAGGGAGCUCGGGGCAUCCCUCUACAUUGGCUGGGGAACGGCUGCCCUGCUCCUGAUCGGCGGGGCGAUGCUGUGCAGCAGCUGCCCACCAAAAGAGAAGAAGUACAAGCCACCCCGGAUGGCGUACAGCGCCCCACGCAGCACCAGUGCAGGCGGAGGGUACGACAGGAAAGACUAUGUUUGAACAGCUGCUGAAGCGUCUGACAGAUUGAUUUGCAAAGUAGGAUACAAUGAAAAUGUAUGUUGCACAUGAGUAUUUUUGUGCGCGUGUGUGUGUUGGUUUUUGCUGUCUGAAACCACAGGGUGAAUCCCACAAAAAGACUCCGACAUGAAGAUGUAUAUAUAAAUAUUGAUCUUUCUGCUUUGCUUUUGGCUGACAUGUUUAUUUAGAUGGUUUUAAUCCAGCAGGUGUGGUUUUUAUUUUCAGCCUAUGAACAGGAGAGCCUGUUUUAAAGUAAAUCCUGACUUAGUUCUUUGGAAAUUUUCAUCUGCGUCCCUCUAAGCACAUCCUGUAUUUAUACCCAAACCUCUGUGGCAUUAUGUGAAUUUUAAAAACUACCUUUGUGUCUGUGGCUUGCUCAUUAACUGGCCGGUGUUGUGUUUCACUGAAACUCUUGGUUAAAAUGCUGUGUCUCACUUGACAGACAAUGAUGAGGAAGAGCCAGCUCUCAUUUUACAUGGAUUUGGUUGUGUGAUUGUUCAGAGUGUGAGUGUGUGUGUGGACAGCAGUGUGUGUAUGUGUGUGUUUUGCAUGUAAUAUUUGCUUAGGAGAGUUUCUGCUGACACUGAAACUAAAGAUGGAUCCAUGAUAAGGCCCCAGGUAACAACUUUAUCUUCUGCCUCACAAUUGUUGUCUUAGGACACAAAGACAGUUUCAGUUGGCGUGCAAGACCAUUUAGGUGUCCAUAUGUGUGUGUUUGAAUUUGCAUUGUAUUUUAGCAUCAUAUUAUUCCACUGUGUGUUUCUGUGUCAGAUAGAUUUCUAUUGUCAUGUCAUAAUUAAUAAAACAUAAACAUUUUUGUAUAUUUUACGCAACGGCCUGUACAGUCCUCUGUUUGUCAAACAAAGAACCAAAGGAUGUCCUUUAAGUCUAUGUGUGUGCGUGUGUGUGUGUGUGCGGGAUACCCUGAGGGAACAUGCCUACAGCUGUUGUAGGAUGUGUGUUUCCUGAUCAGCAGGAUGUAUUCUGUGCACUUCAAGGAAAUAUUUCUUUAUCUCCACCUCUUGUGUGGAGAUAUGUGUGGAGAAAAAAUGUUUUUUUUUUUUUGUUUGUUUCUGUUUUUUACUUGUUCCAAGAGAAAUUAAAUGUUUUUGUAGUUGUGCUUAAAUUCUAAAUAUGUUGAAAAUUUCAAUAAAAGCUAUGA